GGUCUCUGCUUCACCAUCCUUCCAUUGCAGCACCGCUGAUUAACACCGCGUCGAAUUCUAAGUCAAGCGGAUUGCCGAAUUCGUUGACAACUGCAAUGGCUGCCGGUGAUGUGAAGCAGCUGGCGGAUCAGCUCCUUUCUACGUCCAUCACAGAUUCGAAAGAGGUUAGCUUCAAAGACAAAGCCUUGAAGUUGGACACCGAAAAGGACGCGAGCAUUGUUGUGGAAGCAAUAACACGCUGCCCCAAGUUGGAAAUGCUUUGCCUGGAGGGCAACACAUUGGGUGUUGACGCUGCAAAGGCAAUCGGCAAAGCGUUGGAAUCCUGUCCAAACCUAAAGAGAGCCUUAUGGAAAGACUUAUUCACAGGCCGUCUCAGGACUGAAAUACCAGAUGCUGUUAGGUUUCUGAGUUCCGGCAUGCUGCUAGCAAAGGCAACGUUAACAGAGCUGGACCUGAGUGACAAUGCGUUUGGACCGAUUGGUGCUGGAGCAUUGUUGCCCCUUCUGAGCUCACCAGUCUGCUUCCAGCUUGAGGUUCUACGGCUGAACAACAACGGACUUGGGACAGGGGGUGCUGAGUUUUUGGCCAAGGCCCUGACAAAGUGUAUUGAAGACAGCACGAAGGCUGGCAAGCCCCUAGCUCUGCGGACCUUAAUUUGUGGCCGUAAUAGGUUGGAGAAUGUUGGAGCAAUUGCCAUGGGCGCUGUUUUCGGGAAACUGCACACGUUGGAAGAGGUGGCCAUGCCUCAGAAUGGCAUCUACCACGAAGGGAUUGCUGCAUUGGCAAAGGGCUUGAUGUCAAACAAAAACCUUCGCAUACUAAACCUCAAUGAUAACACGUUCACAGCAAAAGGAGCUCGACAUAUGGCACAGGCACUGCGUCACCUUGACAACCUUGAAGUCAUCAACUUCGGUGACUGCUUGUUGAAGACCGCUGGAGCUAAGGAAAUUGCUAAUUCCUUAAAAGAUGGUCAUAAUGCACUGAAGGAAGUGAAUCUGGGCAACAAUGAAAUAGCAAUCGACGGAGGCCUUGAAAUUGUGGAAGCCCUCAAGGGGAAGCCAGAUUUGGAAACUCUUGAACUUGACGGUAAUAAGUUUGGCCCUGAAGGAGUGAACAUGCUGGAGGCAGUUAUGGAAGCAGUGGGCAAGAUCGAGGCGCUGUGUGCCUUCAGUGAUGAUGAAGGUGUUGAUGAUGAAGAGGAGGAGGAUGACGAUGGAGAAGGCCACGACGAAGAAGGUGGUGACAGUCCUGUAAAAGGCAGAUCUGAGAAGGAGUACAUCGAGGCUAGCUGCACUGCAGAGGAGUUCCUGUCGUCUCCGACAGCAGCCAAGCUGGCUCAACUUGGCAGUCAGCGUUCACAGAAUUUACUUCGAGAGGUUGAAUCAACUGCAAGUGGCACUGACCUUAUUCGUGGCUAUGUAACAGCUUUUAUGAAGGUGGCAUCUGUGGUGGGCAGUGGCCAAGAAGGUGACGCAGGAAAACACCUCGCUGUGGACUGUGCAGACGCACUGAUCUCUGCUGCCUUCAAUCUCGCCAAAAAGGAGAACCAAUUGUCAUGGCUUACCAAUGAAAUCUUGGUAAACUUGGGCCUGAUAAAGGCUGAGAAGGACCAGAAGGUGAGCUGGUCGGCAGCAACAACAGAAGGUGCCAUGGUGCUACUAGCUGAGUUGGUGCCAAAAGAAUACUUUGCCAGCACCGCCCGGGAGGCCCUCCAAGCAUUCUUAUCAAAGCCUGUGCAGCUGAACAGCUGCUUAGGAGGGUCCGCAGCCAAGACACGGCACCGGUUGAUGCAGGUCUUGUACCAGCCGUGAAAAAAUAUUUGUGCCAUGGGAGGCGCUUCACCAUUGAUCACCUCCAUCAUCAGACCCUGCUCAGCUUCACUCCCGCUGCAAAGCAAAGAUUUGACGGAUGAUUACCCAUUUAUGAUACAGAUAUUGAAGUUGCGCAUGCUUUUUAUUUUUGUUCUCAAUGCGUCCUCAUUCUUAUGCACGAGCAAACACACCCCCUAGACUUGCAGGUUUCUGCAUGCAACAUGAUUAAAUGUGAAAGC